AAAUUAUUGAAACUUUUUACAAGCAAAGACCACAUAACUUUUUGUUUGGACUCAUUCGAGUGACAAAAUCACAAACCCCUAAUAUUUCCGAUUUUCUUAUCAAUUCGAUUAUGCUAUUUGGGGAUUUCCGGAACAAUUCGCUUCCUGAAAUCCCUAAUUAAUUGCACCUUUUACUAAUUUAGGGUUCACUAUUCGGAUUUUUGUUUGGAAAUUUUGAAUUUGAUUAAUCUCAAGAUUGCUGAAAAUGUCAAGCAAAAGGUUAGAGGAGAAAAAUGAGAAGAUCAUCAGAGGUCUAAUGAAGUUGCCACCUAAUAGACGUUGCAUCAACUGCAAUAGUUUGGGUCCUCAAUAUGUUUGCACCAACUUUUGGAUGUUUGUUUGCACGAUUUGUAGCGGAAUACAUCGUGAGUUUACACAUCGUGUUAAGUCCGUGUCAAUGUCCAAAUUUACGUCACAAGAAGUUGAAGCUCUUCAAAAUGGUGGUAAUCAGCGAGCAAGGGAAAUGUAUUUGAAGGACUGGGAUCUGCAUAGACAAAGACAGCCAAACAGUAGUGACGUUGAGAAAGUCCGAGAGUUCAUCAAGGCUGUCUAUAUAAAUCGGAAAUAUGCCGGAGGAAACAAUUCUGAGAAGUCUUCUGGGGACAUGCAGGGUCAGAUCCAAAGAAAUGUUGAAGAUGAGACAAGGCGAGCCAGUUCGUAUCAUUCUUUCUCUCAAAGUCCACCUUAUGAUUAUCAAUAUGAAGACCGGCUCAACAGAAAGCAAACAGGUUCACUCACUAGAAAGCCUGGCUCGGAUCAUAAUCUUUACGGGAGGAAGGCUGCAAGUUUCUUAUAUAGUCCUGGUCGUUUAAGUGAGCAUCUUUACGAGGACAGAUUUGCAAAUGAUGGAUCUAGCUCGCGAGUUUCAGACUACUCCUUAUCAAGUGGUGGAGAUCCAUUCAAGUCCGCUCCCCAGUCACCAAAUCUUCAGAAAGAUGAUGGAUUUUCAAGUCCUGCCUCUGAUUCCUCAAGGGAAAUAGUUGAUGGUCUUCAUCGCCAGACAUCAAGCACGCAUUCAGAAAUCUAUGUAAAGAGAGACAUUGACAAAGCUCCCCUGCCACGACCACAGAGAACUCUUUCUUCGGGGAGUGUUGGUUCGUUUGAGAAGAACUGUGUGUCUCUUCAGUCAACUGAUUCUGAUGUCAAUUUGAAGCCCAGUCCCUCAAAUGCCACCACUCAAAAUAAAGUUUCCGCCAUUCCUUCUUCCUCACAGUUGCCUGUAGGUGGAUUGGAUCUAUUUGAGGAUGCAUUGGCAAUGUCGUCCGCCAAUUCAACUCGGGGUGUUGACCUGUUUCAAGGACCAAGUGCUGGACCAGUCGCAUCAAUGAAUUCUUUUCAAUCACCUGCAGAUUCUUCAGCUUUUUCUCAAAACUUUCCACAAUCAUCUUGUUCCUCAUCGUCAAGUUUCCUUUCUCAGAUUUCUCAGAACCCUCAUGUUCCAUAUUCAAACCAAAAGAUGUCCGAGCCGACAGAACCAAGUAAUGAGGGGUGGGCAACAUUUGAUUCGCCUCAACCCAAUCCUCCUUGUACUAAUACCUCGGAUACUGGGGGUUCAGAAGCAGGUUCAGAUGGUGGAGUUUCUUUAAAAGAUUUUAAUUCUGCUGCAACCUCAAAUGCCGGGUUGCAGUGGCUAGAGUUCCCGAGUUCUGCUAUCCAUUCAUAUUCCUGGAAUGAGGGCCUGCAGGAUGUUCAUGUUCCAACCGACAUGCCGAGCAGUCAGGAUUGGAAAGCCUUUGGAGAAGCCAAUGAACAACAUCAUCAAUGUAUAGACAUGGGUGGCAUAAAUUUGCAAGUUUCUGUCGAUACCUCUAGCACUGAUGUUUUCCCUGGCUUGAAAAAUCCACAGGAUUCUGUUGUAGAUGGCCUUCAGAAACUUUCUUCUACUGAAGGAUUCUCAUUUCCAACUUUACCAUCUCAUACUGGAUCAUCAUUUGUUGAACCAAUGCACCCUUUCAUGAAUAAUAUAGCAAAUGUUCAGCAGAAAUCUGGGAAUCCAUUUGAUGUGCCAUUUGAUUCUGAAUUCGAAGCACACAAUACGUUUUUGGACAUGAGUACGUUGCAAGCUGCACUUCCCAAUUCACCGCUACCAUCCUCUUUUAUGGGGGGUAUAAAUGAGCAAUGGUUUCCUGGAAAUCCUGUGGCUUCUCAUGGUGGAAUGUCAUACAUGGCGACACAGGCUCCAAGCUCUCAGCUGCAGAAUGUUCCAACACAUGGACCUGUUGCUUCCGUUGGGGGAAACCCAUUUGCGUAAUUUAUGAUAAAAAUCAGCACGUACGACAUCUCUGAUAUCUUUUUUGUAUCGAUAAUAUUCUCCGGGAAGGUUUUCUGGAGGAAAGACGGUUUUAGGUUACUUUUGCUACGUUGGUGUGAAAAAAUUCCGUGCAGCGAUUACAAUCUGUGCAUUUCAGCUUCAGGGAUUCAGCGUGCAAAACAAAGAUGCUUUACACUUUGUUCAUUGGGCUGCAAGGAUGCUGUAACACUAUGCAUGGAUAUUCGACAUUCCAUGCAAAGGAUGGAUACUUUUACAUUGAUCGGUCAUUGUAGGGUUGAACUAGUGUUACAUUUCCUUAAAACUGUAUAUAGCUUUCGUUUGUAAAUCGCUGAGAUACCUUAUGUUGUUUCCACAUCAGAAGCCAUUAUUGUAUUUGAUCCAUUGUGCAAGUUUGAGAGGUAGAUUAUGUUCGAAAUAUACAAGAUUCUUUCUUGUGAUGUAUUAGGGUUUUAUUGCUGUAAACCUCAUAGUGGAUGCCAUUCCUCGAUUGAUCUUCUUUGCUUUCAACUUUUCUCGAAAUUCAUACAUUUGAACAUAUGUACAAGUUUUUGAUUAUAUAUUUAUAUGCCUUUUAUUUUAUUUUA